AUGAAGCUCAAUGAGAGGAACUUGGUCUAUUAUGCCACCUGCAAGUCACCAGUGGACAAAUGUGGGUUUUUGUAUAAAAAGGGUGAGCGCAAUGCCUCCCUAUCAUAGACGUUGGUUUGUGCUGAAGGGUAACAUGCUCUUUUACUAUGACACUGAAGAGCGUAAAGAACCCCUUGGAGUGAUUAUACUUGAGGGAUGCAGAGUGGAGCUCUGUGAGUCUACGGAAGAAUUUGCUUUUGCAAUCAAGUUUGGCUGUGCCAAAUCGCGUGCCUAUAUUCUGGCUGCUGACAGCCACAGCACAAUGGAAUCCUGGGUAAAGGCUCUUUCCAGGGCGAACUUUGAAUACAUCAGACUUGUAGUUAAGGAACUCCAGGAGCAGCUUGCGGAAAUGAAGAAAAGUCAUAGGUCUCCUAGUGGGACUCAGGACACGAUGGAAAUAAAUCCCAGUUUCCACAGUGACUGUCCUACUGUCCCUGAUAUUCAAGAUAGGCCUGUUCUUAAGGACAAUAGUAGUGUGCCAUGGAAUAGCACCCCAGAUAAUGUGUCCAAUGGUGUCAUUCAUACAAAUGGACCAAAAUAUAAAUAUACAAAAGGACACUUAGGAGACGACCUAGGGGAGAAUGGGCAGCUCUACUCCAUGGCAUCAGAGAAGAGUCUGCAGACCGACAGUAGUGCAGAUGAGGCAUGUGCCAGUAAUGAGGGGGCUGAAGACACUGCCAGCUUCUCCAGGCUUCACGAUUUAUUUGGUAAAGAAAUUCUGCGACUAAGAACACAGUGGGCUGAAAACACCUAUGAAAAGUAA